UGCAUUUGGGGACAUGCAAUGUCGGAUUAGAUUGAGUUGGCGAGUCGAUUCGUUGAGCAGCCCGACUCAACUUGACCCUGUGUGCAAACAUAGCUCGACUACUUCGACUCGGUUUCUUUAGGCUUGAGCCUGUACCCAACUCAACCCGUUUGUCCUGUUGAACCAGUUGACAUUCGACUCUUCCAAUCGCCCUUUCGCUCCUCUACCUCGAGCAGCCGCGGCGGUGCUCUCUCCGCUAUAUAAAUGAGGUCUGCGCCAUGCAAUCUAUCGAACACCUUCACUUCAUUACGUCCAACUCUCCUCGACACCCAGAAAGCUCAUGCUGUGCUCCUCAAAUCCGGCAUCCCGAUAGAAGGAUCUGAUGUCGUCCAUCGCUACUGCAACUGCUCCGCGUUUCAGUACGCGCGCAAGUUGUUCGACGAGAGGUUCGAAUGGGAUGUGGUCUCGGCUACGGCCAUCAUCGGCGCCUUCGCUCGCCGCGGUCGGCAUCGUGAUUCCUUUUCGAUUCUCUCUCGCUUGCUUUUCCUUGGGAUCAGGCCCAACCAAUUCACCUUCGGUGCCACGCUGCAUUCCUCCACCGCUGUCGGCGAUCUCAACAUCGGUAAGCAGCUUCAUGCUUUUUCAACUAAGUUGGGUCUCCAUUCCGAUGUCUUUGUCGGGAGCUCUCUUGUGGAUCACUACGCCAAAUUGGGUGCGAUUAAAGAAUCACAAUACGCAUUUGAGGACACCCAUGAACCUAAUGUUGUCUCGUACACUGCGUUGAUGAGUGGAUACUUGAAGAUCGACAGGUUCCAUGAAGCAAUUCAACUAUUCUACGAAAUGCCGAUGAGAAACGUUAUCUCAUGGAACGCUAUAAUCGGGGGCUGUAGUCAGGUUGGUCUCAGUGAGGAGUCUGUCAAUCUUUUCAAUGCAAUGUGUCGAGAAGGUUUCAGGCCCAACCAGUCCACCUUCCCCUGUGUUAUUAGUGCAGCUGCCAAUAUAGCAGCUCUUGGUAUGGGCAGAAGCUUUCAUGCUUCCGCUAUCAAAUACUUGGGUCAGCUUGAUGUUUUUGUGGUUAAUUCGCUGAUAAGCUUCUAUGCCAAGUGUGGGUGUUUACAUGACAGUAUUUUAGCAUUUGAGAGGAUUGAGGGCAGAAAUAUUGUUUCUUGGAAUGCCAUGAUUUGCAGUUGUGCACAAAACGGAAGAGGGGAGGAAGCCUUGGAGUUCUAUAAGAGAAUGCAGAGGUCGGGGUUAAAGCCAAACAGUGUCACCCUUCUCGUAGUGUUGUUUGGCUGCAGCCAUGCAGGUUUGGUUGAUGAUGGAUAUGCUUGUUUCAGUAUAGCCAAGAUUGAACAGCCAGACAUACUGAGAGCUGAACAUUAUGCUUGUGUGGUUGAUUUGCUCGCUCGGUCAAGGAGAUUUGGUGAGGCAGAGAGGUUUCUUCAGGAGCUGCCUUUUGAGCCAGGAAUUGGGUUUUGGAAGGCAUUGCUUGGAGGGGGUCGGAUACAUUCGAACAAGGAUCUGGCCAAGACUGUUGCUAAUCGAAUUCUUGCGCUAGAUCCAAAGGACAUUUCGUCCUAUGUGUUGCUAUCCAAUUUGUACUCUGCUGCAGGUAAUUGGCAGAGCGUAUCGGUGAUCAGGAGAGAGAUGAAGGAGAAAGGAAUGAAGAGAACUCCUGGAUGCAGCUGGAUUGAGAUUAGGAACAAGGUUCAUGUAUUCUUUAAUGGAGAUAGGAGGCAUGCUCAAACUGAUGAAAUUUAUAUGGUUUUAGCAACAUUCUUGGACACUUAAAAAGUUCAGUACCCUACAUGCUUUGGCCUUGAAGCUCAAGAGUGAGCUAAAUUUCGUGAGUUCAUGCAUGUUUAAGCUGUGUACCUGACAUGGAACUCUCAGGUGUUAUCGCUGAGUCUUGGCUCUUCUAACUAUCCUUUCAGUAAUCGGAAGCAUGCUGUUCUUCUAUCUUCUUCCAUUUCUGUAGCAGAUAUUUAGAGAGAGAAAGUAUCAAGCCCUAACCCCUGUUAUACUCAAAUUGGAUUAAGUUUUCAUAUGUCCUUGUUGGAGCAUUCAGGCACUCUCUUCUGGUAAAGAUUCUACAAGACUACCAAACAUAAUUGUUUUCCAUGUGCAUCUGGUCUUCCAAACACUGGAUGCAGAAGCAGCUUGUGGCACAGUUAUAUUCAAUAUGGAUUAUUCAUAAUUGAUGAAUGAGAGAACGGAAACCUAAUAUUUUCUAGUGCGAUGUGAUUUUUUACAAGAUUCUUUAUCAGCUGCCACUGCUUGAUUGUUAUGCAUAAUCUGAACUUUGGACCGUCCAAACAGAUGCUUAAAAUUCUGAUGUGCCAGAAUGGUGCUUGAGAGAAGAUGAGAAGUACUUGGGAGCUGAUUUCCUAUAGAGUAACAAUUUCGUUUUCUGGGUUUGGGGGUUGUCUGGUGGACAAAUAUUUUAUUUGGGACUACGAGUUCUGAAACAACACCAGAAGCAGUAGAUUUAUUUUUCAGCAACGCAAAGGUUGACCCAAGCAGCACUUUCA